AGAAAGUAUUCGCAAUGGAGGCGAAAGAAGUCAACAACAAGAAAGACGGAUGGUACGACAAGAGCCAGACAAGAUCUCUUGUGGGCUUCAAAUGUAUUGUCGUCCUCCUGUUUCUCUCUGCGAUUACGCCCGCAUAUGGCCAGUAUUUGUCGGACAAGGGGGUGUACCAGCAACAGCCUAUGCUUGUGCAACCGAUAAGAUGUGAUUGCCGACAUUCGGCCUCGCAGACGCUUUUGCACACGCCAGGAACUUCCUUCUUCUUCUCAUUUCAUUUUUCUAUCAAUACCGCUCUGCUAAACAGAACCGUGAUGGCAACAACAACAACGCCCGCCAGGACCCAAUUGCGCCCCCGCAGAAUGCACUGAUUUAUCACCAGCUUCCUGCACUGAUGCCCAACAAUACGAACCCCUUCGUGCCUUAGGCCACGAAGGGGUGCCCCCCCCCCCCAAAACCAAUGACGCGACUUUUUUUGACGUGCAUCUCUUGCUAUCUCUGCUAAAAUGAUUUCGCUUGAUACUUCCCAGUUCAAUCACUGAAAGUUCUAA